AUGUCGGCCAAAUCGAAUCAACAACUCCCUCCCAAGGAGAUGGCCUUAUUUAGGAAGACUGUGGUGAGUAUUUGUACUAUUUGUGAUCUACUCUUGUUGGGGUUCAAAGCAUUAUUUUCAGCGGUCGUAUGAGCAAAAACAAUAUAAACAAGCGCUCCGAUGCACGAAACAGAUUUUAGCUAAUCCACAUUUUUCGGAGCACGGUGGUAAUUGCCUUUACACAUAUAUUUUUCUGUUUUUUAUAUAACAAUUUUACUGCGUUUUCUUUCCAGAGACAUUAUGUAUGCGAGGUUUGAUCCUAAAUUGCAUUGGAAAGCAUGAAGAAGCCAUGGAUAUCGUCAAACGAGGACUCAAGGCCGAUCUCAAGUCAUACGUCUGUUGGCAUGUUUACGGUCAAGUCCAUAGAAGUGACAAACAAUAUGAAAUGGCCAUGAAGGCCUACAAAAGAGCCUUGAGUUUGGAUUCGGAAAACCUUCAGAUCCUCAGAGAUCUCGGCCUUCUUCAGAUUCAGAUGAGGGAUUACAUUGGAUACAGGGUAAACGAUAUUAUCUAGUUGCAUGGUAUCUCUUGUAGGAUACUCGUUAUCAAUUAUUGGUGGUUCGACCUCAGAACAAGGCUCAUUGGGUAGGAUAUGCCAAUGCAUGUCAGAUGAUGGGUGAUCACGAUACUGCCCUUCGGGUGAUCAAUGAUGUCUUCAAAACACUUAAAGUGCGUAAUUUUAUUUUUCUUUUUGAAAUUUUAGAACAACGAAUCGGAAAGGGGUGACCUGACUCUAUAUAAAGUGUCAUUGUUGGUCGAAUCCAAGAAACUGAAUGAUGCUUUGAACGUUUUGGAAGAGAAUGCGGCCAUUAUUCCCGAUAAGUUAACUUAUCUCGAGACUAGAGCCGACCUUCUGUUUAAAGUCGGCAAAAUCGCUGAUUCUCAAAAAGCUUACGAAUGGCUUCUGAAGAGGAAUCCGGAUAACGUUGAUUAUAUGAAGAGAAUUGAGGAAUGUAUUAGACUUCGUAAGUUUGUGAACAGGAACAUUAUUUGUUUAAAUUACAGGGUGGGCCACUCGAAACUGACAAGUUGUUUCUUUGAAUUUCUCCGCGGAGACUCCGCCGAUUUUUCUAAAAUUUAGAUUUUUCUGGAGCUGAGACCCGCCAUUUUCAAUCGACUGAAAUUCAAAAAAAUAUAUUUUGAAUUGACCUUUCCAUGCCUUCUCAAAGUUUUGAAAAAUUAUUUGCAGGCCGAAACCGCUAAAACUUUGAAAAUUUUUGGAAUGAUUUUCAAUUGACAUUCUCGGACUUGGAAAAUUUUUGGUUUUUUUUGGGGGAAAUGGCGGAGUAAAAAGUUGCUAGUGCUCGCCUUAAUCUUGUUUAAAGCAAGUUGAAAGACACAAGAGGGUUGUUUGUAUUACCAUUAGGGCACGAACAUACAAAAAAAAAAGAUUUCAAAAAGAUUGAAAAAUUCGGCGUCAAUGGUUAUCGAGUCAGGCCUGGGGCAUCUUGAAGCUUAGAACCCGGCCUGAUUGAAGUUUUAACUUUAAAAACCAUAUCCACAAUACGCAAUUAAAGCUGCGCAUGACUCUCAAAGGCACUGCAAGUUUGUGAUGUUAGAGGAGGUGGGCAUAAUAACUCAGAGAGAGGCAUUAAUAAUCAGAUGGUUAAAUAAAAUUGUUUUCGGAACAAUAUUUGAUAACUAUCUGACGUGAGGUAAAACAAAGAAAAUUUCACCCAAGAACUCGGAAAAAUGACCAAAUUUUCAAAAUCAUUCCAAAAAUUUUCAAAGUUUUAGCGGUUUCGGCCUGCAAAUAAUUUUUCAAAACUUUGAGAAGGCAUGGAAAGGUCAAUUCAAAAUAUAUUUUUUUGAAAUUCAGUCGAUUGAAAAUGGCGGGUCUCAGCUCCAGAAAAAUCUGAAUUUUAGAAAAAUCGGCGGAGUCUCCGCGGAGAAAUUCAAAGAAACAACUUGUCAGUUUCGAGUGGCCCACCCUGUAUUUAUUAUUUCAGUUGAUAAUGAGAAUGCAGAGAAAGUGAUUAAAGAAUUCUACGAAGAACAAAUCAAGGCCAAUCCUCGAACGAGAAUUCUGAAGAUCCGCCUGCUGCUCCAUAUUCGUAAUUCCGAAGAUUUUAGAGAUGAAUUUGUUAAAUUCUUGGUUUCUGGACUUCGGUCUGGUCUUCCAUCCUUGUUUACUUGUCUUUCGGCAUUCUAUGAAGAUCCCAGCAAGGUAAGUACUUGUUAUCCACCAAUUAUUUUCUUUUAAUUUUAGAUGGCUUUUGUGGAAACUUUCUUGGUUGAUUUUGUCCGGAAAUCGAAUGAGUUCGGAUAUGAAAAAGCAUCGCUGGACGGCUCGCCUCAUCCAGAAUUGCCCAUUACUAUUGUUUGGGUGUGGUAUUAUCUUGCACAGCAGGUACUUCUCCAAAAAAGGUACGAUGAUGCGUUGGGUUUCAUUAAGAACGCCAUUAAUCACACCCCAACUCUAGUCGAUCUUUAUACCCUCAAGGCUAAGAUUUUGAAAAAGAAAGGAGAUCUCGCGGUAAGUAAAAAUUUUUAAAUUUUGAUUAGUGAUUUUUGUGAUUUAGGCAGCUGCCGUCGAAAUGGAGGAUGCUCAAAGUAUGGACACUGCUGACAGAUAUUUGAAUUGUUUGGCUACGAAAUAUUUUUUGAAGACUGGUCGAAUGAGUGAUGCCGCCAAAAUGUGUGAGAAAUUCACAAGAGAAGGAAUGAAAUCUGAAGAUGCACUGCAAGAAAUGCAAUGUUUGUGGUAUCCAUGGGCUGCGGCUAAGGCACACCGAGCCAAGGGAGAGCUUGGAGAGGCCUUGAAACGAUGCCAUCAAAUCGAAAGGGUAUGGAAUUGUUGUUUCCGAGUUUGUCAUUCUGUAAAGAGAAGCAUUGCUAAAGUUUUUUUAGAUAAUAACAUCGUUCUACGAAGAACAGUAUGAUUUCCACACCUACUGCGUCCGCAAAUGUUUCAUGACUCCCUAUGUUUCAAUGCUACACUACCUCGACCGUAUCCAUUCAAAUCCGUUUUACGUUAAGGCGGCAAAAUUGGCUGCAGAAAUUUAUCUAGACCUAGCUGAACAUCCAAAUGGAAUCCCUGAUAAGAAGGAUGAGCUGGAGUUGCAGAAUCCCGACCUUAGCCCGUCAGAAUUGAAGAAAUUAAGAAGGAAACAGAAUAAACAGAAAGCUCAAGAAGAAGAAAAAUUAGCCAAAGAACAGCAGAAUAAUAAGGAUAAGAAUCAGAAGAGGAAACCUCUGGAUGGAGAAGCUGAUGUUGUUGAUGGAUCUCCUCUAGAUCCCAAGAAAUUGGUUGCUACCAACACUCCUUUAGAUGAAGCCGCCAAGUUAAUUCAUCCUAUUAUUCUAAGUGGGACUGAUUCUCCCAGUUUUUACGCUACUGCUUUCCGUUUAUAUCAAUUGAAAGACAAGGUAAAUUUUUGCCAUUAACUGGAGUAUUUCCUUAUUUUAAGCCUCUUCUUAUGCUCAAAUCGUUGAAAGCACUGUCGAAGCUCGGCGACAAGGAUUCAAUUGACAAGUUAACCAAAGAAAUGGAAAAUUACGGUAAUAUAUUGCCUUUUUCUUGAUUUAAAUCGUAUUUGCUAGGUAUUAUCCGUAUUUUUUCAGUCAAAGCGAAAUCUGAGAAUCUGGAUGGUCCGGUGAAAACAACCAUUGACGAAAUCCUACUCCAAAUCAAAGGCCAGUCCGUCAACCACAGGAUGAAAACCUUGGAAUUAAACGGGACCAGCCGCUAA